AUCGGCGGAAUUGCCACCUGAGCGAGACCACGACCACCAAAUCGAGUUGGAGCCCGGCGCGCAACUGACUGUUCGAACUCAAUGGAGGCUGACUCAGCCUGAGCUGAAUGAACUUCGACGCCAGCUAGAUUACCUGCUCGAGAAAGGUUUUGUUCGCCCCAGCACUUCCCCGUUCGCAGCUCCGAUCCUGUUCACCCCGCAGAAAGAUGGCGGUCUACGAAUGUGUAUUGACUAUCGCACCUUGAAUCGGGUUACCAUCAAGUCCCGCUACCCUAUCCCGCGUGCCGACGAACUCAUCGACCAACUUCGUGGAGCCAAGUUCUUUUCGAAAAUUGACCUGCGUGGCGGUUACCACCAGGUACACGUGAACGAAGCUGACUGCUACAAGACGACGUUUCGGACCCCCUUAACAAACGCGCCUUCGACGUUCCAGUUGACAAUGAACGAAGUUUUUCGGCCGCUGCUGGAUAAAUGCGUCAUCGUGUACCUCGACGACAUCCUGAUAUAUAGCACUAUACGGGAACAUCAUUUGAAGGAUUUGGAAGCGGUCUUCUCUCUCCUGCAGCAGCACCGACUCAUCACCAAAGGCUCUAAGUGCGAGUUUUUGGGACACGUUAUUUCCAUCGACGGAGUUAAAAUCGACCCCAAGAAGAUCGCGACGAUCAAGGACUGGAAGCCGCCGGUUAGUCUCCACGAACUUCAAAGUUUCCUGGGGUUUGUGAAUUACGUUCGCAGGUUCAUUCCGAACAUGGCGGGGGUAACUUCCCCUCUCACGGAUCACUUGAAGGAAGGCAAGUUUUAUGAGUGGGGGGGAGAGCAGCAGGCUACGUUCGAAAAGCUCAAACUUUUCCUGACUACACCUCCGGUUCUUCGGAUUGCAGAUCCUCACCGUCCGUUCGAGCUCAUCACCAACGCUAGCGACUCGGCUGUUAGCGCAGUACUAUUACAAGACUUCGGCGAAGGCUGAAUCCGGCCGAGCGAAAUUAUC